AUGGCGGGAGAGGUAGGGCUGCCGGGGUGGCUGCGUGGACUUUUGGAGGAAACAUUCAUAGUUUUUUGCGGGACUCAUGUUGGCCGCAACAAGAAUAAGUUCUGCCUCCAUUGUGGCAUAAGCAUCUGCUACUACUGUGAGCCCUCUCACCUCAUGCACCGCCUCAUUCAGGUUAAACGUCACAAACUUUGUGACGUAGUCAAAUUGGAUGAUCUCAAGGAACUCAUUGAUUGCUCCCACAUCCGGACAUAUACUUAUAGAGGAGAGAUAGUACUGUGUCUGAGACCGCAAGCUCAAUCUAUCAUUUCGAAGAGGAAUAAUAACAAGUGUUGCACAUGUGGCAAAAUUCUUCAUGACUACUUUCACUACUGCAGCCUUACUUGCAAGGUGGAGCACGUGCGGUUGCAGGGGAAUGACAUAUCAAGCAUAUUAUUCCAUUCUGAUCCAUCACAAUUUGUAUUAACCGAAUCCGAGAACUUACAAACGAAUGCCUAUGAUCAACCUGAUGAGGAAGUAUUUGAUGAUGAUGAUCAUAAUGAGAUCACACCAGAUCUAGCUCCAAUAGACUUUGUGCAGGGGGAGGGAAGUUCAAGCGGAUGGAGCAUUAGUGAAAUAGUUGAAAGUUGUAAGAAAAAGAGAUGA